GGCUUCAUCAAAACGUGAAAAAAACACGCUACUUAGAGUAGCGUGAACGGCCUUCGGGACAAGGAGAGAAUAAAUACCAGAGGAGAGAGGAAAGGGCAGCUUGUUGCAGGGCUCACCACCGUCUCAGUCACUUCACGAUCCUGGGGAUUGGCAUCCAUCAAUGGAAGGUUUGGAUUUUAAUAGGAUUGAUGGUGAGGAUGCAGCUUGUCUGGAAGGGGUUUUUACAGAGGCAGAGGUCUUCUUCGCCCUCUCAGAUCUGAACGGAGACAAGGCUCCUGGUCCAGACGGCUUUUCUCUCAGCUUUUGGCAGUUCAGCUGGGAUUUUGUGAAAGAUGAGGUUAUGGGCUUUAUGAAGGAGUUCCAUGAGCAUGAUAGAUUUGUGAGGAGCCUGAAUUCAAUUUUUCCUGGUCUUUAUCCCUAAAAAACCGGAUGCGGAGGACCUUAAAGAUUUCAGACCGAUUAGCUUGAUAAGUGGAUUGUAUAAACUGUUGGCAAAAGUGCUAGCAAACAGGAUCAAGAAGGUGGUGGGAAAGGUGGUGUCUUCAGCUCAAAACGCCUUUGUUGAAGGAAGACAAAUUCUGGAUGCUGCCCUAAUUGCCAAUGAGGCAAUAGACUCGUUGCUGAAGAGAAAUGAGAGUGGGGUGUUGUGUAAGCUAGAUAUAGAGAAGGUGUACGAUCACUUGAAUUGGAAUUUUCUACUAUUGGUAUUGCAAAGAAUGGGGUUUGGGGAGAAGUGGACUGGUUGGAUCUCCUGGUGUAUCUCCACAGCGACGUUUUCAGUCUUGAUCAAUGGCACUCCAACCGGUUUUUUCAAUAGUUCAAGGGGUUUGCGUCAGGGGGAUCCUCUCUCUCCCUACCUAUUUAUUAUCGGGAUGGAGGCUUUUAGUAGGCUCAUCCUUAGAGCAGUGAGGGGGGGGUUUUCUUUCGGGCUGUUGGAUAAAAGGAAGAAGUGGAGACGGGGCUGUGGUAACUCAUUUGCUGUUCGCCGAUGAUACUUUAGUUUUUUGUGAAGCUUCCCAAGAUUAGAUGGCUCAUUUAAGCUGGUUGUUGAUGUGGUUUGAAGCCAUAUCAGGUUUGAGGAUUAAUUUGGAUAAGAGCGAGAUUUUGCCGGUUGGGAGAGUAGAGAAUUUGGAGGCUUUGGCUCUUGAGGUUGGUUGUAAAGUGGGAAGGCUGCCAAAUUCUUACUUGGGGAUCCCUUUGGGGGCGAAUCACAAGUCCGUGGCUGUUUGGGAUGGGGUGGAAGAGAGAUUUCGGAGAAGGCUUGCCUUGUGGAAAAGGAAUUAUAUCUCCAAAGGCGGUAGAAUUACCCUAAUUCGUAGUACUUUGUCAAGUAUGCCCAUAUACUUGAUGUCUUUACUUCGAAUGCCAAGAGUGGUUAGUUUAAGAUUGGAAAAAAUUCGAAGGGAUUUUUUGUGGGGGGAAGGAGCUUUGGAGAGGAAGCCUCAUCUAGUAAAUUGGGAUUCCGUGUGCUCGGACAUAAGGAAGGGUGGCUUGGGAGUUAGACGUUUGUCUACUCUCAAUAGAGCCCUUUUAUGCAAGUGGAACUGGCGAUUUGCGAAUGAAAGGGAGGCUCUUUGGAGGCAAGUCAUUAGUAGAAAGUUCGGGGAGGAAGAAGGGGGCUGGUAUACUAGAGAAGUUAGGGAGGGGUUUGGAGUAGGCUUGUGGAAGGAAAUAAGGAAGGAAGGAGCUCUCUUGCAAAACAAAGUUGUCUUUUCUGUGGGGAAUGGUAGAAGGGUGAAAUUUUGGAAUGAUAAUUGGUGUGAAAAUUUCUCUCUCAAUAAUUUGUUUCCCUCUUUGUAUGCCUUUGCUUCAUUUAAAGAGGCUUGGCUAGUGGAGUUAUGGGAUCAUUCGGGAGAUGAAGGGGUUUGGAAUCCUAGCUUCUCUAGGUCCUUUAAUGACUGGGAGGUGGAGGGGUGGAGAGAUUACUUCUGACAAUCCGGGGUAGGAGGCUUAAUCCUCUUUUGGAAGAUAGAAUGCUGUGGAAAGAGACUAAAGAUGGGAUUUUCUCAGUUAAGUCCCUUUAUAGUUCGCUAGCUUCAAGAAGAGAUGUUCAAUUCCCUUAUAGUAAUAUUUGGAGUAUUUGUGUGCCUACCAAAGUGAACUUCUUUGCUUGGGAAGCUUAUUGGGGUAAGGUGCUAACCUUGGAUCAACUUAAAAAAAGGGGUCGGUCUCUAGCUAACAGAUGCUUCCUUUGCGGUAUGGAAGAAGAGUCAAUUGAUCAUAUUCUUAUUCAGUGCUCUAAGGCAAGAGGGUUAUGGGAGUUAUUGUUUGCUCUGUUUGGUGUUACUUGGGUCCUCCCUUCUUCGGUUAGAGAUACUCUUAGUGGUUGGAGUGGCUUUAAGUUGGGCAAGAAGCAUAGGAAGGUGUGGAACGCAGCCCCGUUGUGCAUUUUUUGGGCGGUUUGGAAGGAAAGAAACAAGAUAGCUUUUGAUAAUGAAGAGUUAUCAAUUCAUAGGUUGAAGAAUUCUUUUGUUUGUAAUCUUUGGUUGUGGACUAAAUCGGUUGUAAAUGAUGGUCCUCUUCCUUUGAUCAAUUUUUUUGAUUGGCUAGGCGCUAGUUGAGGGCUGGUAUUGUAUCUCUUUUUCUUUUUGUGCCUAUUGGCGCCUCUUGUAUACAUCCUGUAUGCUUGGGUCAACCUCAAGGCGCCCUUUUCUAAUA